AUGUUACCGAUUUUGAUGUAUAAUAAUAUGGAAGGGAGUUCUAAUUCGUUAAAUAAUACGCCUAAUACUAGUUUUAAUCAGUACGAUGAUAGUAUUAUUUUGAAUUGUGUUAGAAAUCGUAAGAAAGUUACGGAAUUGCCGAGUUGUCCGGUCUGUAGUUGCACUAUCAGACAAGGAGAGUUGGAUUCUCAUUUAAGUUUGGAGGUGGAGAGAUUGCAGAAAUUGUCAGGAAGUGGGUCUAAGGAAGCUUAGUGUGAAUUCUAGUGCUAAUCUAGCUGUGCCUGGAUCAAGCACCAGCCAAGAUGUUGUAGAAGAUGAAGUGGACGUCUCAGGCUGUUUGGGUAGCGAUGUUUACCAACGGGUACACUCCAACCGUCUCCGGCGUCUGCGAGCCCGCCGCAGAAGUACCCCGCCCCCUCAACACGGAGAAUGCCCAGUAUGUAACACCACGCUACCGGUGUCCAGGCUACAGAGGCAUGCACUCCGAUGUCUGAAGCGGACGGGAGCGGAGUUAGAUGAAGAUGUACCGGAUACCAGCUCUGAAGAGGGCAGCAUUGAUGUUGAGAAUGACGAACCAUCGGGCGGUGGCUUCGGGGCGGAGUACCAGUGGUGUGGGGAAUGGAGAGUGAGGGCCACAGCGCUUCAGGACUCUGAGGCAAGAGACGCUACUUGUGUCCGGAGAGCUUCUAACGACCAAGCUUUGGUAGUAGAUGGCGAUGAAGAUACGGAAUUAUACGGUCCCCCGCAAUACUCGCCGUCGAGGAUAGCUCCCGAUGCAGAUCUGUCAACAGAUGUAGCUAUAGAUGAACAGACGGACGAGCAAACGGAAGCGGCAGAGAGUUCGGCGAGCGACCGACCAGUGGCGGCACCUAGUAGCAAAUGUAAUGGACUAGUUGAGGCAAGCGCUGAAACUAGAAUUCAGGCGUUGAAAGCGAGAAUAAAAGACUUGGAACGAAAAGCGAACGGCGGUGGAGAGAUGAAAUGUCUGAUAUGCUUGGAGCAGUACACGUCGCCGACAGUGUCUAUCCAGUGCUGGCAUGUUUAUUGUGAAGUAUGCUGGCUACAAUCUCUUCGAGCUAAGAAAAUCUGUCCACAAUGCAAUGCAAUCACCACGGCCCAGCAUCUCAGAAGAAUAUACAUGUAG